AUGAAAAUGAAUUUGAUUUAAAAUGAAAAACUGCGAAUAUUUCUAACUUUAGGCUUAAAAUUGGAAUAAGGCUAAUUUAUGCAUAAUCAUUUACUUGAAAGAAUGAAUCAUACAGCAAAGGUAUAUUAAAUCCUUGAAAAUAGGAAUAAAUUGCAGUCUUUAUUUAUAGUUAGUGGUAGAGGUAAUGGGAUAAAAAUCGAAUCAAAUGAGAUGGCUUCCUAUCUUUAAUCUAAGAUAAAAAAAAAUAGUACAAUUCUUUAAGAAAAUAAAUCAAUGAAUACAGCCGAAAAUUUAAUUUUCUCUUACUUUUUAUUAUGGAAACUUUACAACAAGUAGUAAUCAAUUAGAGACUUUGAGAUGCACAUAGUGACUUCUGAUUAUCAUAUAGAAAGAACAUAAAUACUUUACUACACUUUUAGGCCUAAUUUUUAGAAAGCAUUCUCACAAAUAAAUUUAGAAAAUAUAUAUUUUCAUCCAUCCCCAACAUAGAUGCAGAAAGAAAUAAUCAACUAUAGAUUCAUAAUUAACUAAAUUUAAUAGUAUACAAAUCCUGCUUUAAUAAAUUGGAAAUAAUUCGCUAAGGAGAGAUAAUUUGAAAAUUAAGAUUUAGAUUUGAUUGAAGAAUUUUCAAGCUAUUUAAUAAAAUGA